UAAGUACCACUAGUUUUGAGCGAUAUACAAUUUCAUUUUAGAUACUUUACUAAAAUGUCUAAAUACUUUUCCAGAACAGAUUUCAAGUUUAAUCACCGUUCUAGAAUGCGUCACACAACGCCACCUGUUAGUCCUGUUCUAAGGCACGACGAUAUUUCCAGUAGAAAGGACCUGAAUGAAUGUGUUUAUAAGAAUGAUGUCGAUGGCGCCAAAGCGUGUCUCCUUCAAAACAAGAUGGCGUGGAAUACAAGAAAUCAAAGUGGAUUGACUCCCUUGAUGGAAGCGUCAACUUUAAGCCGAAUAGAAAUAUUGAACUUAUUGUUGUCGUCAAAGUGUGACGUAAAUGUAACCGAUGAUAACGGAAACACUUCCCUGCACCUUGCAGUUGAUGAAGGGAACACGGAAGUUGUCAGAAAGCUGAUUGAAAGUGGUAAGUAGGAGUUUGGUAGAGUCAAUAUUUAAGACCCAUGAG